AUGCGAAAGCCUUCUGAAAGGAAGUCGAAGAAGAAGACUCUGAAGCUAGGAGAACCAUUUGAAACCAGACCGCCUGUGCCUCUGGUCUCCUCCACUUCAAGUAAGUUAGUUCCCUCUAACACUCUCUUACACUCUAAUUUAAAGCAACUAUCUUCCUCUCUACCUCAACCAUCCUCCACCUACACAAAUUAUGAACCCAUAACCUCCACUUCAAAUCCCUCUGAACCUCAUAACUCUAACCCACCCUCACCUCCCCUACAACCUUUUAAUCUCACCACCACAACACUCCCCGUCUCUAAGGCCUUACUCUUCAACGCGCCAAUCUCACCUCCCUCUUCAACUCCCUCCUCUACACCUUACUAUGACAUAUCUUCUGACUCUGACCAGCCAGAACCAACGGAUCCUCCAUCCCUAACACUUGCUCAACUCCAAGCCAACAUUCUUUCUAAUCAAAACCCAUUUGAGCCAGAAACAGCAAUCCCUUCCCCAUCUGAACACCCAACAACACCACAAUCUGAACCUCAACCCAUAUCAACUUAUGAACUUCCCACCGAACCUCCCUCUGAAGACCCUAUUACACAAACAUCUAACUCUCCCACUGAAACCAAUCCCACGCCUCCAGAAACUAUCCUUCCCGCCUCUGACCCUGAACCAACCUUCCCCACCCUGGAAGCGGCAGUUGCUUUAUUUUCUGAGUCUUUGGCAGAGAAGCUCAGAUCAAUGUCUGAAAACACCAAACUAAGUGAUAAUCCCUCUGAAGUGAGGAUUCACUAG